AAAAUAUCUUCUCUCAAGUGUUCUGGAUUAGUUCUGUAGAAUUCGAUAAAGACAGAAUUAGGCGAGAAUUAAUUCCAGAAGUUUCUACUACGUUCCUUCUCCCUUCCAAUGGGCGCCAAUCUCUCAGCUUAUAUUCAUCCUCCAUUACUGCACCUCCGUUCAUCUCAAUUCCCAUUAUUCUCUCUCUAACCCUCUGUUUUAACAUUCUGUCAGCAAUGGCUUCUCAAGCUGAAACUGAAAUUCCUCAACUUUUUGAAAGACUUGUGAGGCACAGAGACCUCUCUUUAUUCUUGCCGUUCAUCUUAGGCUUCAGUUCCGCCACAAAUACAGGAACCCCAGAUCAAGAAAGAAUCAUCCUAAUCAACCCUUUUACUCAAGGUAUGGUGCUUAUUGAUGGCUUAGAUUCCCUAUUUGGAGAGUUAGGUCCCAAGAAUGGGCACCCACCUGCCUCUAAAGCCUCAAUAGAGGCCUUGCCUACUGUGGAUGUUGGUGAUGGUGAUGAUAGUGUGAGUGAGUGUGCUAUUUGUUUAGAGGAGUGGGAUGUUGAUGAUGGGUUAGUGGUGAAGGAGAUGCCUUGUAAGCAUACGUUUCAUGGUAAUUGUAUUGACAAGUGGUUAAGGAUUCAUGGGUCUUGCCCAGUUUGUCGAUAUAAGCUGCCUACUGAUGAUGAAGGGUUCAACAAGAAGAUGGGCCAAGAAGAUGAAGAAGAAGCAGAAGGGAGGAGAAGAAUUGGCCGAGAGAUUUGGGUUAGUUUUUCUAUUAGUAGUAGUAGGACUAGGAGUAGUGAUGAUGAUUCGAAUCAAUCUUCUCAUCAAUAAAUGGAGAAUUUGUUCUUUUUUAAGAUAUAUCUGAUUCUAAUAAUAUUUUUUCUUGAAUACCAUGUA